CCGGGGCGGGCCGGAGCGGGUCCGCGGCGGCGCAUAAGGAGCGCGGCGGGGCGCGGGCGCGGCGCGGCGCAGCGGGGGCAGGUGAAGGGACCUGUUCUGAAGCCAAGAUGUGGCAGUCCGUGUCCAUUCUGUAUGUCCUCGUGGCCUUUGCCAAUGCACGGAGCAUUGCUUACUACCCUCCCCUCUCCAGUGACUUGGUCAACCAAAUAAACAAGCUCAACACCACCUGGAAGGCAGGGCACAACUUCUACAACACUGACAUGAGUUAUGUGAAGAAGCUCUGUGGCACAUUCCUGGGUGGGCCCAAGCUCCCUGUCAGGGUAGAUUUGGCUGCAGAUAUGGACUUGCCAGAUAACUUUGACUCACGAAAGCAGUGGCCCAACUGCCCAACAAUCAAUGAGAUAAGAGACCAGGGCUCCUGUGGUUCUUGCUGGGCUUUUGGUGCUGUAGAAGCCAUUUCAGACAGAAUCUGUGUUCAUACAAAUGCCAAGGUGAGCGUGGAGGUCUCGGCGGAGGACUUGUUGUCGUGCUGCGGCUUUGAGUGCGGCAUGGGGUGCAAUGGUGGUUAUCCCUCUGGUGCGUGGAGGUACUGGACGGAGAAGGGCCUUGUGUCCGGUGGUCUCUAUGACUCCCAUGUAGGCUGCCGUCCCUACUCCAUCCCUCCUUGCGAGCACCAUGUCAAUGGCUCCCGGCCCCCGUGCACAGGUGAGGGUGGGGACACCCCCAGGUGUGAGCGACGCUGUGAACCUGGCUACUCACCUUCAUACAAGGAGGACAAGCACUACGGCAUUACAUCCUAUGGCGUGCCUCACAGCGAGAAGGAAAUCAUGGCUGAGAUCUACAAGAAUGGCCCAGUGGAAGGAGCCUUUAUUGUCUACGAGGACUUCCUCAUGUACAAGUCUGGGGUGUACCAGCAUGUGUCUGGGGAGCAGGUUGGAGGCCAUGCAAUCCGGAUCCUUGGCUGGGGUGUGGAAAACGGCACUCCUUACUGGCUGGCUGCAAACUCUUGGAAUACAGACUGGGGUGAUAAUGGCUUUUUCAAAAUCCUACGAGGAGAGGACCACUGUGGCAUUGAGUCGGAGAUUGUGGCUGGCAUCCCCAGCACGAUGCAGUACUGGAAGAAGAUGUAAAAUUCCUCUUGCACUGCUGCUGAUUUGAUCAAAUCACAAAUAAUCCUGAGUCCCUGAUGCUUUUAAUGAUAGAUUGGGUGCAGAGCCCCCACUCUAAGAGACUAUAGUUGAAGUUACUUUAUUAAAGCUUUUAUCUUUUUUUUUUUUUUUUUAAUUGUGUGGUGGAGCUGGAGGCAGCAGGUCCUGUACUGGUAUGUGAGCUUGUGAGCUGUUCUCUGCAAGUCCCCUUGCUCCUAGUGUGUGUGGACUUGGUGGGACAUUCGCUGCUCAGAGGACUGCUAUGAGUGUUGCUGGCCGCUUGUGCCACAGUGUUUGGUUAGCUUGAAUAUCUUGCAGCCAUCCAGCCCAAUAUAGCAGAUAUUGGGAGGGCAGGGAGCAGCAGCUUUGUGCUGAGAGUAGGGACUUAGUAGGGCAGUGGAGACCAAACCUGCCAGGAAACCCAGGCCACUUUCAGGCAUGGCUUGUGGACCCCUGUCUGGAGUAGUCUGCCUGUUCAGUGCCCAAAGCAAGCAAGGUAUGUUAGAGAGCUUGUGCCUUGCUCAAUCAGCAUUAAUGACAAACUGACUUUUUUGAUGUGGGGCUGGAGCUGAAUAAGGCCCCUUCUGCCUGUGACGAGUCCUUGGUGAAUUGCUAGCUCUGCUCCCUUCAGCUGCUUUUUAAAACCACUUGUUUCUCUGCUGUUUUGUUCACUGCUGUAGCCUGGGGUUAUUGAUCUCUUGUGAAGGGCCUAGCCAGAGCUCCCUGAGCCCCUCGAUCAAAUGUCCUGCAGCACUCAGGUGCAUACUGGAAAAGGCAAACCAUACCAUGCUUGUCCAAAGGACUGUGCUGUGCAGCUUGGUGUGCUUUGCAUCCUACCUUUGGAAGGAUGCUACAGCUGAAGGGAGGGUGGAGGGUGCUUUGGGGCUGCAGAUGCUGAACUGUGAGCAGAGGGAUGCUUUGUAAAUCUCGCUUAGGGAACUUGUGAAGAAGCUUAGAGGCAUCUUGCUGCCUUGCACACAACUAAAGCUUUUUUUUUUUUUUUUUUAAGAUACAGGCAGUAAGAAAGAAAACUUAUUUUUGUUACUAGGAGGAGGUUUAAUAGCUAAGAGGAGGAAUCGUGAUUUGCCAACACUAAUACAGCAAAAUAGCUUUUUUUUUUUUCUUUUUAAGCAAAAAGUACAUUGCAACAAUUCUGAAAUGAAUGAAGCAGGCCCUCCCUUGUACUGAAUAAACAGCCCCUUACCUCUGCUUACUCAAACAACAGUGAGACAGAGCUUUGGUGUACAUGAAUGGAACAACUGUGCCAAUAAAGGAUUUCUCCAA